AUGGCAGAGUUGCUGCGAGCUGCCGCCGGUUUCUUGGACCUGAGCACGGCGGCGUCGUUCGUGGCGGCGGCGGUGGCGCUCUACUUCCUGGUAGAGCAACUAUCCUAUCACCGCAAGAAGGGCCCCCUGCCAGGCCCGCCGCUGGUCUUGCCCUUCUUCGGCAGUAUCGUGCCGAUGGUCCGCGACCCGACGCAGUACUGGGUGGUGAAGGCGGCGCAGGCGAGGGAGUCCGGCCUCGGGCUGGCGGCGGACUUCUUGGUCGGCCGCUUCGUGCUCUUCAUCCGCGACUCGGAGAUGUCCCACCAAGUGUUCGCCAACGUCCGCCCCGACGCGUUCCAUGUCCUGGGCCACCCUUUCGGCAAGAAGCUAUGGGGGGAGCACAACCUCAUCUACAAGUUCGGCGACGAGCACAAGGAUCUGCGCCGCAGGAUCGCGCCCAACUUCACGCCGCGCGCGCUCUCCACCUACGCCGCCCUCCAGCAGCGCGUCAUGCUCGCCCACAUGCGGAGGUGGCUCGACCACAGCGGCGGCGGGGCUACCUCGCUACGGGUGCCCUGCCGCGACAUGAACCUGGAGACCUCGCAGACGGUCUUCGUAGGGCCUUACCUCGACGACAAGGCCAGACAGAGGUUCGGGGAUGAGUACAACCUCUUCAACACCGGCGUCAUGGCCAUGCCCGUGGAUCUGCCCGGGUUCGCGUUCGGGCGCUCCAGGCUAGCGGUGGAACGGCUGUCGCACAUGCUGGCCGGGUGCGCGCGGGAGAGCAAGGCGCGCAUGCGCGCCGGCCGCGAACCGGAGUGCCUCGUGGACUAUUGGAUGCAGGAGAUUGUGCGAGACAUAGACGAGGCCGCGGCGGCGGGGCUGGCGCCACCUGCUAACACCGAUGAUAAGGAUCUCGGCAACUUCUUGUUCGACUUCCUCUUCGCCGCCCAGGACGCGUCCACCUCCUCCCUCUGCUGGGCAGUCUCUGCCCUCGAGUCCCACCCGGACGUGCUCGCCCGCGUCCGCGCCGAGGUGGCCGAGGUCUGGUCGCCCGAGUCCGGCCAGCUCAUGACCGCCGACACGAUCCAGGGGAUGAGGUACACACAGGCGGUGGCGCGCGAGGUAGUCCGGUACCGGCCGCCGGCGACGCUGGUGCCGCACAUGGCCGGCGAGUCGUUCAAGCUGACUGAGUGGUACACGGUGCCCAAGGGAACCCUCGUGUUCCCGUCGGUGUACGAGUCCUCGUUCCAGGGGUUUACCUCGCCGGAAGAGUUCGACCCCGAUCGCUUCUUCUCCGAGGAGCGCAGGGAGGACGUAGUGUACAAGCGGAACUACCUGGCCUUCGGUGCAGGCGGGCACCAGUGCAUUGGCCAACGUUACGCACUGUACCACCUCGUGCUGUUCAUGGCGCUGUUUGUGUCCGUCGCCGACUUCCGGCGGGACAGGACGGAGGGGUGUGACGACCUGGAGUACUUGCCGACCAUCGUGCCCAAGGACGGCUGCGCCGUCUUCCUCAAGCAGCGCUGCACCAGUUUCCCAUCCUUCUGA